GAUCAACAGUGCAACAAAGAAAGCUGGUGGGCAAGAUGGGUUCACAAUACCAUAGCCUAAAAAGGCUCGUCACUACUUACUUGCAGAGACAGACGCCUCAUCUCAAUUAUGGUUGAACUUGAGAACCCCUCUUCUCUUCCCCCUCCUUCUGAUUCCCUACAGCCGCAGCCUCCACCGUCUGAUCCAAUUCCUAUUCCUCCAUCACAACCAUCAGAUCCAACAACAACCCCACUUCCUCAAACUGGGUUCAAUCCCAGCAGAAGUAAGUUGAUUGGUAUCAUCAGAAGGAAGGCCAUGAUAAAAGACUUAGCUGCUAUAUACCACGCAGAGUGCCUUGCAUAUUGUCAAGAACUUUUGGAACUUCAAAAGAAAGUGGAAGAGUCAUUGAUUGAUGCCAAAACUGCAGAAGAUUCAAGGAGAGAAACGAUGAGGCCCCCAAAACGUAUGAAGAAAGCUCGUUAGCAUCUAAUGGGAUGCAUUUUCGGAAUUUUUGUCAUUCAGUUGGGAGCCACAGCUUAGUUCCUGAUCAAGCAAUGGACUCUGCAUAUAUUACAAACCAUACUAUAUCGCUGGAACCACGAUGCAGAAUUUCCGUUUAAUCGUAUAGCUCACAGUCACACAGCUACUCUAUUUGUAGCCAGUAGAGUUUGAUUUGUUGUACAGUUAUAUGCAGAAUGUAACCUUGUAACUGUAUUGGGUGGAAAACUUGAAAAAUAGCAUUAAUUGGUAAUGUUUGGCUGUUAAAUGUCUACAGCAAACACUACCACAUAAACUGAAAAAGGUUGAGAAAGAAUAUCUAUUAUUCUUUCUUUUUUUUUGCUUUAAG